GACUCUCCUCUGAAGAGUGACAGCAUGGGACCUGUUGGGAUAUGCCUAAAUCCAUAAUCAUUAUAUUGCAUAGAUAAGUGCUAGAAACUGCUAUUGCAAGGCUAAGUGACACAGGCUUCAUGGCUACGCCCAUUGCACAAUAUUAACUGACAUUUUCUAGUCACCGCUGAAUAACUCUUAUCAUUUAGAGGAAGUUGUCUAACCACAAAUGUAACUCUGGCAUCCUGUUAUGUACCUUUUUGCUUCUGCUUUUUCUUGUGCGCAGCCGAAAGGGGCGUGCAAAGGUAUAUAAUCUUGCUUCACUAAAGAAUAGACAGACAAGUAUUUGUAUUUGUGUGUUCUUUUGCUUGUCUCCCGGAGGUCUUUGGAUCCUAAGUGGGGUACUUCAAGGGCGUGGCCGGUGAAGGCGGUAAAGAACCACCUCAACAGUUCUGGUACCAGGAGUGUCGAAGGAUGGACCACCAAGAACGCACAGGCUCAGCAUCUAUACCAGAGCUGCAGGCAACUGAAGGGAGUAACUCUGAUAGACCAGAGAAACCAGCCCAUGCCAUCCAACUGGUACACACAGAUGAAUCUGGACAACUACAACUAAAUGAAUCUGCUGUACAGACCUGUUUUCUGGAUGGAGAGAUAUCAGACUACCCAGUGUGCCUAAUAUGUGUGAUCGGAGAGAAACGUCGGGGCAAAUCCUUUCUCAUGAACUACAUCUUAAGGGCUUUGUCCUGUCAGGAACAGGGUCUUCCGCUCAGUCUGGGAGCAGAUGAUGCUCCUCUCAGUGGGUUUGAGUGGAGAGCUGGAAUACAUUGUACAACCAAGGGCAUCUGGAUCUGGAAUAAGCCAUUCAUUCUAGAGCGUAAUGGAGAAAAGAUGGCUGUGUUUGUUCUGGAUACAGAGGGCUCCCUGGACAUUCAGAGUUCAAGAGACAUUUGCCUCAAGCUGUCUGCCUUAUCCAUGAUUCUCAGCUCCUACAUGAUCUUCAAUGUGAAUUCAAAUUUGAAAACUACAGAAAUGGACUACCUUGAGUUGUAUCUUGAUGUUGCUGAGAAUGUUGGAAAGUCUCUAGAUCUCCCGGCCUUACAGCACCUCAAUAUCCUUAUACGUGACUGGCAAGAUUUUGUGAACUGUGGAAAAGAAGAUGCCCGGGCUUAUGUUUUUCAUGAGACUGAGAAGCUGCAAAAUACACUUUCGUACAAUUUGGUGUCCAAGACCCUGAGAGGCCCAUUAGCAGAUUGCUCGCUCCUGCCCGACCCAGGGAGAGGCCUGCAGGUUGACAGUCAAGGGAAAUUAUCAGAGAUGGAAGAGGAUUUCAAGAACCUCCUUACAAACUACAUUUUCACCCUGGUAGAUGACGUUUGGCUUCAUAGAAAAACCAACAGACAAGGGGAAAAUCUGACCUGUCCUCAACUGGCAAGAAUAUUAAAGAGAGUCAUGAACAUUUUGCAGAGUGCACGGUACAACUUUAACUCCCCAUUGCAGAUGUUUUUUACCUUUGAAAACCACAAGAACAUGGAAAAACUGAAAAUGCAAUUCCAAAAGGAUGUAUGGAAAAUGUCACAAGAAACAGAUUCUCUGAUUAUUGAUCAGAAUGUGACUCCAUCUCAAAUGGCAUCCAGAAUCAAUCAAAGGGCAACCGGAUUCCUGCUCGAAUUUGAACAAUCCCUUCAAGGGGAUGACACUCAAGAAAAGGAAAGACUUGUAAAUGAACUGAAAUCCUACGCCUCGGAACACCAGCAAGAGUUCAGCAAAGACUACUCCCAGAAGUUCUAUGAAUUUCAAAAUCAAAAGAGUACGGAGAACUUUAAGGAGGAGUUUCAGACACAAAUAACCAUAAAGGAAUGUAAAAAGGUUUCUCUUAUCAAGAAAGAUACGCACCCUUUUAUAAUACAGAAUGAGCUGAGUAAUAUUGCUAAAAAACUGCUGGCUGAUUAUAAAGAAUCCCUCGAAGGCAUUGAUGACCAACAGAAGCAACGGCUCCUCAAUGAAUUGAAACCAGAUUUUUUGCAAAAAAAAGAAAUGUUCUGUGAGAAGUACAACAAGAUAUUUUUUGCUUGGAAAAGCAUAGAUACUACCAAGAGAAAGUUCAAGAAUUUUCUAGACAAUAUGGAAGAAGAAUUGUCACCUAUAUGGAAGAACCUGAUGAAGUCCCCAUCUCUAAUACAGUCCAAGAUCAAUGAUACUGUCAAUGAUUACUUGGUUGACUUUCUAAGGUCACUUGAGGGCAUUGAAGCACAAGAGCAGAGGUUUAUUAAGGAUGAACUGGAACGAUGUUUGAUCCCACUAGGAAAGGAGUUUUGUGACAAGUACUCCAGCGACUAUAAUAGUUUACUUAAGUUAAUUGCAAAAAUUGCAUCUGGUUCGUUAGUUGUUGUAGCAAAAGCAGUCAAGCUAAUUAUUAAAAACAAAACAGCUGUAGCACAAGCAGUUGCAGGGGCACCAGUAUUGCCAUUAACCAUUGGAGUCGCUGUGAUUGUUGGUGCCAUCGUAGUGUUGAGGAAAAAUUAUGCAAAUAAGAGGACACAGUAGUGAGAAAGAGAAUUCAGUAGCACUAAGGGCUCAGCUGGUAGAGACUAUUAUCCCACUGUAUGAAUAAAGGACAUGUUGCCAAUUAAUACCCUGUUUUAUAUCCCCCCCAUUAUUUCCCAUAGAGAUUCCUCAUAGAGAGCCUUAAACUCUGAGACACUUUUGAGUGAGUAUUAUAAUCUGAUUGUAACAGAAAUUGGGGGACCUAGAGUCCUAUGGCAUAUCCACAAUUUCCAUCCCUGUUUGUGGAAGUUAGUGCAAGAAACUGGGGACACCAAGAAAGUUUUGCAUAGUAGAGAAACCUACCCCCUAACCACCCCCCUGCCAAAAUCAUCUUCCAUGGCACCUGAAUUGUAACCAACUAUCUUCCCUGGGUGAUACCAUCAAGAGGCAUUGUUUGUUAUUGACUGAUUGUAUUGCGCUAACUAAUUGAUAUUGAUUGUACUAACUAUUUGAUUGUACUAAUUAGCUUAUUGUAUUGCUCUAACUAACUAAUUGAAUGUACUAACUAAUUGUAUUGAUAUUACCAAUAUUAUGUUAUAUAUUCCAAUAAAUAAACAGUUAAUUAUUGUUUAAGA